UUAUGAGGGGUUCCCCCCAUCCCUGUGCCGAGUUCCGGGUCUGUACACCCGCUGUGCCCAUUAUGAGGGGUUCCCACCAUCCCUGUGCCGAGUUCCCGGGUCUGUACACCCGCUGUGCCCGUUAUGAGGGGUUCCCACCAUCCCUGUGCCGAGUUCCCGGGUCUGUACGCCUGCUGUGCCCGUUAUGAGGGGUUCCCACCAUCCCUGUGCCGAGUUCCCGGGUCUGUACACCCGCUGUGCCCGUUAUGAGGGGUUCCCACCAUCCCUGUGCUGAAUCUCAGUGUCGGUAAAUAUUGUGUCCGGGACAUACAGGAGAGGUGACCGGGCUCCACCUUUAUGUGUUUGUGGUUGUCAUGCCGCGGUGUACAUAUGGGUGGAGGGAAGGCGGAGCCGCGCUCACUGAUCUGU